UCCCCUUCUGAACAACGAGAUGACCAUCGCCGGAUCCCGCUGAGCCCGAUCAGAGUCACAGAGACGGGCGGGACGAAAGCUUCCAGUGCACGGAUCAGGAAAGCGAGAACGAAGGGGGGUGGAAACAUUUGGGAUUAACCUCAUCAACUAUGAACAUCCACCACGUUGAGUAGCAGCAACACGAAGCUCUAACACCUUAAAUCGCGUCGAGGAUGAGCGGGACUGCAGCGGCCACCGGAUCGGCUUCCUGCCGUUUCGCCCACUAUUUUGUUGUGUGUGGAGUGGACACAGAGACGGGCCUGGAGCCGGACGAUGGAGCAGGUGAGGGCUUCGAGCAGAGCCCCAUCCGACGUUCGUUCAAGUCAAAGGUUCUGGUGCACUACCCCGAAAGCACAGACAAGAACCCCUUCAAUAAAGAUGCCAUCAACAUGCUCUGUAUGCCGAGGGGUCUUUCCUUCCGCACACAGACAGAGAGGCUUGAUUCUCAGUUUCACUCCUUCACAAUGUCUUUUGAUGACGGCACACGUUCCUACGGCUUUGUGCACACCUUCUACGAGGAGGUGACCAGUGCCCAGAUCAUCACUGCCAUGCAGACCCUUUUUCAGAUGCACCACGUGGAGCACCAUUCAGCUUCAUCCGCCUCUUCUCCCUCUUCCUCGUCUUCUACUGCCUCCUCGCCCUCCACCUCCAGCAUGGACUCGCUCGUGAGCAGCUUGGAUGAGUCAGACGCUGAGUCUGUGGCUGGGCUCUCCUCCUGCCUCGGUUGCGCGGGCUCCUAUGAUCCAGCACGGGACACUCUGUACGUGUCCAAAGCCCUCUGCCUGCUCACGCCGCUCCCCUUCCUACAAGCUGCUCGACAGUUUCUAUCUCAGCUGCACCAGGCUGUGACCUCUCACACAGCCCCACCCCUCCCUAUAGAGAGCUACAUCCAUAACAUCCUGUACGAGGUCCCGCUGCCUCCCCCUGGCAGGUCCCUGAGGUUCCACGGGGUGCAGGGGCCCAUCGUGUGCCAGCGGCCCGGGCCGGGGGAGCUUCCUCUGGGGGAAUUUCCUCUUGGGGAGGCCUUCUCGCUGCUGGGGGUGGACAAUAUGGUGCAACUUAUUACCUGUGCACUUUUGGAAACGCAAGUCUUGCUCUGCUCCAAAGACUACCAGCGUUUGAUGACAGUGGCUGAGGGCAUCACCACUUUGAUAUUCCCAUUCCAGUGGCAACACAUCUACCUGCCCAUUGUUUCUGCACCACUGCAUCACCUCCUGGAGGCUCCUGUGCCAUUCCUGAUGGGCAUCCAGCGCAGAGAGGGAGCGCAGCGUUCCUCCCUCCACCUACCACACGAGGCUAACAUGUGCUUUGUGGACAUUGACAAUCGCUGUGUUGAGGCCCCCGAGGCCCUCCCCGAGUUUCCAAACCAUGCCGAGCUGAUCCAGGAGUUGAGUGAGGUACUGCUGCGUUUUGGACUUCCUCCACAGGGCGGUGUGACCAAAAAGCCUGACACUGCCUCCCCUCACCUGAGCAGCCUGGUGCUGGAGGACCUGAUGGAGGACAGGAGGAACGGGAACCUCGGAGGAGAGGAGCUAGCUGUGCUGGAGAGGCUGCAGGCUCUGGCGCGGAGGUGCGGGGGAGAAAAGAUGUCGGAUGCAGGGAAGACACUGGGACACGUGUUUGAGGAGGAAGAAGAGGAGCUGAAGGCUGCAAAGCUGAACAUUCAGUUGAGGGAGGUGUUCGCUGGACGUUUUUCUGCCAUGUUUGGAAGGUAUGAGGAGUUUGUCAUCCACAGCGCUCUGGAUUUGGAUUCCUGGUUGAGCAACCGAGAGGGGACGUUGAGCUUCGACAAGGGUUCCUUCCUCUCCGUUCAGCCUGCGACCCACUUGCACUUCCUGUCCCGGUUCCUGGAAACAUGCAUGUUUUCUUCCUUCGUGGAUGGGAAGGUGAUAUCUCGCUGGGCGGAGAGAGAGCCACUGCAGCAGCUGUUUGACAGCCGUCUGGAGAGGGAUCGACUGUACGACACAGAUGAAGAGGACUCCCGUAACUGUCGCUACAGAAAAUGCACCACGGGCUUCGAGUCAGCUCAGGCCGUUGAGCGCAGACUCCUGAAGGCUGACCACACCGCCAUACACCCCCACCUGCUGGACAUGAGGAUCGGCCAGGGUCGUCAUCAGCCAGGUUACUUUCCGAAGCUUCAGGCUGACGUGCUCACACAGGGACAAAACACCAACAAGUGGUCCGGCCGUGUUACAGCUUCACGCAGGACUGAGCUCAAAAGAUCAACGGCGACUGACCACUUGGGAGUGGACAAUGAACAGAGACAGAAGCAUGCAUUUGCAAGGAAGACCCUCCACCAGUCUAAGCUGCUUGAUUCGUCGCCUCAAGCUGUCACCCAGAAUCACAGAGAGUUUGUGGAUGGGCUGCUGAGUGAGUGUCGUCUGAAGACUAAACGGAUGUUGAUGGAGAGGAUGGGGAAGGAGAGUGUUGAACUGGGUCAGGGAGAAGCCAACAUCACGGGCCUGCAGGAGAACACACUCAUCCAUGGCCUGUGUGACCUACUGGAGAGAACCUGGGGCCAUGGUCUGCAGCUGAAACAGGGAAAGUCCGCCCUUUGGUCUCAUCUGCUCCACUACCAGGCGGCCUGGGGGAAGAACGAGACACCAGCUGAGUCUCAAGGCUGUAGCAGUUUGGACCAGAUGACGUUUGAGGAGGGCGCUCUGCUCCUGAGAGGAUCUUUGAUACAGGAUAUGAGGUUUAUCCAGACCACGAGUGAGGGUCUGUCUGAGGUUGGUCAGGCUCGGGCUUGGAUCCACCUGGCUCUGGAGAAGAAAAUGCUUUCCCAGCACCUGAAGGAGCUGCUUACAAAUCAGGAGCUGCUCAGGCAGCUGUAUAAAUGUCAUGCAUUCCUGCUCUGUGAGGAAGAAAGGGAGCAGUUUCUGUUCCACCUGCUCUCUCUCAACACUGUGGACUACCUCUGCUUCACACGCGUCUUCACCUCCAUCAGUAUUUCAUACCGUGUUGUUAUAAUACCCAUGAAGAAGCUGAGCAUUGCCAUGGCAGCAGUUGACCCUUGGGUGUGCGUGUCAGGAGAACUGGGUGAUUCAGGAGUUCGACAGAUCACAAAGAAUACACAAGAGAUUUAUUUCCAGUGCAAAAACCUGGGCAGGCUGAGCACCCUGCAGCUGGGACAGGAGAACUCAGGCCUGCUGGCCAAGUGUCUGAUUGACUGUGUGAUGGUGUACAAUGAGAUAACUGGACACACCUACAAGUUCCCGUGCGGUCGAUGGCUCGGGAAAGGUGUGGGUGACGGCAGCCUGGAAAGAGUCCUGAUUGGUCAGCUGGUGUCACCUGGUGGAGAGGAGGAUGCUGGAAGGUGGACAGGGACGCCACCAGAGCUGGCCUCUCCCUCCCAGAGUGUGCGGGCAGUGCUGGGAUCGCUUGGCAGCCGAAGCAGAAUGCUUUCUAGUGAAGUACAAGAGGACAUGAGAGAGGCAGCAAACAACCUUGUUAAACACUUUCACAAAUCUGAACAAGAGAGGGGAAACCUGACAGUGUUGUUGUGUGGAGAAGGAGGUCUGGUGCUCUCCUUGGAAAACUUCCUGUUGCACGGGCUCAAAUCUAACCGUCUUUUCCUGAGGAAUGUGUUUGUUUGGGACUUUGUGGAGAAGGCAGUGGUUUCCAUGGAGACUGCUGAUCAGAUGGGUGACCUGCACGGAGCGACGAUGACAAGAGGUCCGCCGUGUGACUCACUGUGCCACUACGUCAACGCCAUCAAUGCUUCUCCACGAAACAUUGGAAAAGAGGGCAAGUUCCAGCUGUUUGUCUGCUUGGGAAUCAGGGACCGGCUUCUCUCUGCGUGGCUCCCACUACUGGCAGAGUUUCCCCUGACAGCGCGGACGUACGAGGAUGGGGCUCUGCUGCGGGACCGAGCUGCUGUCCACUCCCUCUCCCGCAUCCUGCACACUCUCAAUGAGUUUACCAUCACCCUGGAGACUGCACUGGUCAAAGGAGUUGACCUCUGACCCGUGACAGAUUAAUCCCCUGCUCUGUAACCUACAGCAGGAAUGCAGGAUUCAAAAUAUUCAUCUCUCCAUCUGUGGGAUAAGAACAUUCAGAACUUGAGAAAUGGGACUUUAUCAUAAAGGAGGAGUGUGGACUACAUGAAGUCGCUGGCUACUCAAGCUCCAAACAUAUUGCCUUGUUCAAUGAUGUAAAUGUGUUAUAAUGUAUUUGCUUCAGGAAACAGUCCUAUGCUUGUUUACACUGUGAAAUUCUGUUUCCUCGAGGUGAGAUAGAUACAUUGAUCAUCCCACAUACACUACAGUAGAUAUUCCCACAGCUCGAACCAUUACUUGUUCCUGACCCGAGGACAACUAUAACUCUCCUUCAACUGCUGUAUUGCUUGCACUUGAACUUUAAACUAAGCACAUGCAUGGCCAAAAUAUGUUUGUUUGUUUGUUUCAUGUCUUAGUGUGUUGUGAUCUGAAAUAUCAAGACUCAGGCCUUAUUAUAUACAUUUCUUUCUGAUCUUGUUCAUUGGAUAUCUUAGUACAUAUACUCCAGAAAGAUAAUUGUUCGUACUCUACAAUAUGUUAAAAAUCCUAUAUUAUUAUGCUCUUGUUAUACAGUGUGACAUUUUGCCUGUGCUCAUUGUUAACUUCAGUUUGGGCUCACUUACUGAAGAGUUGUGCUCCUGAAAUCCUCCGUUGGUGAAACACUGAAACCAAACUAGUGUCCUAAAUGUGUUGGUUCAAAUAGUGUUUGUCUCUCUUGUAAAAAAGCUUUCCCUGCCUCUCCCAUUCUCAUAAUAUUUUUGCUUUAUUGGACCUUUGAUAGAAUUGUGCCCAUUUGUUCAUAUGGUGUAAUGAAUUUGUGGCAUAUUUUUAUGUACAAAGUCAUUUUAUUUGCGUCUGUUUAAAACAAUAGAUUCCAUUAUGGACACUUUUUAUUGAUUAUGUGGAUGACAGUCAUGUUGCUGUUUCUAAACUGUUCUGUUUUCUUUAAGCAAUGAAUAGAGCACAGUUUCUUAAAAAAAAGCUAUAGGUAUUAUGUUGAUGUUGGUUCAUUUUAAUUGAAUUAUGAAAAUGCUGUCUCCUGCACUGUCCUGCAAGCACUAUGUAACCCACAAUGACCAAGCCUCUACUAUGAUUUAAAUACAGAUUAGAGAAAGCAAUAAUGAAUUGUUAUUUAUGAUUUGUGUUGUAAAAGA